ACAUCGAGAAAUUUUUUUCCAAUUUCUCACUGUCUCUUAGAAAACUUGUGUUGAUGAUUUCCAUGAGAAGACUCUCUUUUAUGAUUCCGAAGCUCCGAAGAACUAUAUCACAAACUGCAGAUAGGUCUCUCGUAGGUUUUAUAGGACUUGGAGCCAUGGGUAGCCCAAUGGCAACAAACUUGGUACGAAAUAGCAGAAGGGUGUUGCUAUAUGAUAAAGAUGUGGAUAAGGCUCAAAAGUUAGCUAAACAUCUUAAUAUGGAAGUUGCCCAAAGUGUGCAUGAAAUUACCACAAGAGCAAAAUUUGUUAUAACUAUGCUGCCGGAGUCAACUCACGUGGAACAAGUCUAUUUAGACAAGCAUGAUGGACUAUUGGAAGCUGCUCAGUCUGGAUCACUGUUUAUUGAUUGUUCGACUAUCGACGUCAGCACGUCACGAAACGUCGCGAAAUUCGCUUCAGAGUUAGGUCGUCAGAUAAACUUCCUUGAUGCUCCAGUUUCCGGUGGCGUUCCAGGUGCUGAAAAAGGAACUUUGACAUUCAUGGUUGGUGGGACAGAAGAUGGUUUCCGUCGAGCAGAAAAUAUUUUGCGUUGUAUGGGUAAGAAUAUCGUUCAUUGUGGACCUGCGGGAAAUGGACAAGUAGCAAAGAUGGCAAAUAAUUUGGCUUUGGCUAUAUCAAUGGCAGGAGUUUGUGAAGCUAUGAACUUGGGCGCAAAGCAAGGAAUGGAUCCUCGAAUUCUUGCCAAGGUGAUGAAUACUUCCACAGCAAGAUGUUGGAGUAGCGAUACUUACAAUCCGGUUCCUGGUGUGAUGGAGAAUGUACCUGCUAGUAGAGAUUAUGAAAAUGGUUUUCGAACGGAGCUCUUGUUGAAAGACAUCGGGUUAGCGAUGCGUGCUGCAAAUGAUUUGAACAUUAAAUUGUUGGUUGGUGAACAUGUAGCUUCAUUAUAUGAAAAUAUGCGCAAACAAGGAUAUGCCAAGAAAGAUUUUAGUGGACUUUACCGCUAUCUCUAUCAAGGCCCAUCUGUGACGGAGGUUGUCGCUUCAUUGAAGACCAAAUAUUGAAAUAUCUUAUUCAGAUAAUAAAAAACUCCGUGAAAAGGGCAAGUUUUCACAAACCUUUGUUCGAAAUAAAGGAUUUACAUAUUAU